AAAAAAGAGAUUUGAGGUUUUAGGGUUCAGGGUUUUUGGGAACCCAGAGGAAACAUGGCGGCUUUUUCUGGAAGAAGAACCCUGGGGUUUUCAUGCGCUUCAGCCAAGACCAUUUUGACCCAUUUACCAUCAUCAAGACCUGCUAAUAACAAGCUGGCUGACCUUUUCUCUCCUACCAAAAUCUCUGCUUCUCGAUUCUCUCUCCGCAAUCUCACUUCUUGCAGGCUCCCACUGGAAUUGGGUGGUGCAGUAACUUUGAUGCCAUUGCAUAGUGUUACGGCUUCUGCUUUGUUCACUUCAUUGUUGUCCUUGCAUAAUCAAAGCUGGGGGUGUUUGUCUGAAGGAUUUGCAACUCCUCUAUAGCAUCACCUGCUGCUAUCGUCGAUGCUGCUCAGACCAUCAUCUGCAGAAGAUUUUGUUUCUCUGCUUGUUUCAGAUCAAACAUAAUAUUGAACCUUGGAAAGGGGAGUUGCAUGUUGUCUCUUGCCGCCAUGUUGUGUAAUAAGAUUUUUUUCAUUACCUGACGUUUCUUGAAUGUCCCAAGAAAUUGGCAUUUCGAG